UUUUUAGUGCCCGCGUUAUUCCCUUUCUUAUCUUGAUGUGUAUCUUAUUCAUGUCGAAACAAACGGUAAAACCAUCGCCGCGUCGCCUUUGCCAAAGCUACUUGUUUUAUCUACGCUUGUACCGAAAAACACUUGCUCCUUUCGUAUCGCUGAAUACACGCGUUUCCGCUCCGUUCGUUCGUUCUGGUAUUCGCCUCAUCGGAGCAUCGUCGUCGUAUAUGCGUUUACAUCCGCAGUCCUUGUCGGUACCACGAACCUGCGCUACGGAACAUAUUACAAAUUGGCGUCGCGGGCAGGAUGUACAGAAAUAAUUCGGCACAGAAUUUACCUCGUCAACCGCCAGUUUAUCACCCGGAUAACGAUUUCGAAGAUUGGUAUUGGGGAAUGAUGAACUAUUAUUCCGGAGUUCCAGAGCAAUUGCUGGGCCCCUGUUUUAUCAGCUACCUGGGGCUGGAGGCGGUACAAUUGUUCCGUACAAUGCAAGUUCCAGUCGAUGCGCCAUUUGAACGUAUCAUUACCGCACUUUGCAGGUUGUUCCUACGGAGAAACCACGCCAGUUUCCUGUCCCGCGCGAAAGCUGCGACCGCGAUCGGUGAGUGGAAUUCUGUUACCUCACAAGCGGUGUCGCAUACGAAUCUUAUGAUCGGUACCGAACACAUUGCUCUUUCGGAAGUGGAUGUCGCUUUGCCAAUGCCGGAUGACCUUGCUCCUAUCUAUGGAUCGCAGGACACCAUCGCGAUACUACCGCAUUUCGUCUCUGAGAUCGAAGAUUUGAUUGUUUGGGAAACUGCUUCAUCGUCAUCCCAAGUUCCCAGGGAGGAAGCGAUUUGUACUGCAGUUACCGAUUGUACCGAACUGUCAACUCCGGUAAUAUCUUUCGCCACAGCUUGCGUCGUGCAGACACAGAUAACUUCGCACUACGACGAAGCAGUUAUUUUUCCUGAACUCGCUUACUUAUCUCCGUCGUAUCCUGACAUCGACAACACUUGUGCCUACACGGUGGAGUCGACAGCGAAGCCAUUUUCCCCUUCAGUACCGUCCAUUUUAGUAGAUAUUUCCCGCCGACCACCGCAUAGUGAUUCGAUAACUUUUCUCCAACCUCUGCCUCAUUGCUUAGCAUUAUUUGCCACGCGUCGUACAGAUAUUGUCACGAUGCAUUUGCUAUUACGAGUUGUGUCUCCGUCUAUAACGCACAGUUUAACUUUGUUUUUCGAAGCGGCUGGUCCGUUCAUUGCAUUUUCGCACCGGAUGUUGCAUAGCGCGCUACCCCUACCCAUUCUGCACGGUCCUGGCCCACCAUACAGACUUCUGAUCACAUGUGCUGUGGAAGCACAUAUGUUGGCAGCGACUGCAUCUGUUCUUUGGGCACUGAGGACAGUGCCUCUCGGAGAAGGGGCAGUGUAACGCAAAUGAAAGCACACUGGUUCGUUUAAACCAUACGGUAUUUUUAGUGCCCGCGUUAUUCCCUUUCUUAUCUUGAUGUGUAUCUUAUUCAUGUCGAAACAAACGGUAAAACCAUCGCCGCGUCGCCUUUGCCAAAGCUACUUGUUUUAUCUACGCUUGUACCGAAAAACACUUGCUCCUGUCGUGUCGCCGAAUACACGUGUUUCCGCUCC